UCAAAGCUGCCGGGAUAUUGGCAUGCAGAGCUCGGGCGUGUCGCUAAGCACCCGACAGCUGGUGGAUUUCGGCCUUCAAGUGGCCCGUGGCAUCUCGCAUCUUCAUUCACUCGGUGUGCUGCACAAGGAUGUCGCUACCAGGAACUGUGUGCUCGAUUCGGAGCAAAAUGUACGAGUCUGUGAUAACGCUUUGUCGCGUGACGUGUUCCCAAAUGAUUACCACUGUCUCGGUGAUAACGAAAACCGGCCGAUUAAAUGGAUGGCACUGGAAACGUUAGAGAAAAAAUUCUACACAACGUCGAGCGACAUCUGGAGUCUAGGAGUUCUGUUAUGGGAGCUGGCCACACUUGCUGCAAUGCCAUUCGAGGUAAGUUAACAUUUAUCGAUGCGAAAAAAUCCAAU